AUGCGUUUGGAAGUUUGUCAACCUGAUGAAAUGACCUACAGUUUAAUGAUUCAUGCUUGUGCAAAGGAAAAAAACGCAGAAAAAGCCUUUGAUUUAUACAAAGAAAUGUUAGAACAAGGACUAAAACUUACUGGAAUUACAUAUAAUUCAUUAAUCGAUGCUUGUUCAAAACGAAAAGAUAUCUUUUUUUAUAAGAAAAAAAUUGCAUUUGAUUUAGUUCAAGAAAUGAAAGAACAUGGAUGCUCGCCUGAUCUGAUUACAUACAAUUCUUUAAUGUAUGCAUGUGCUAUAAAUAAAGAUUUAAAAUUAGCUAGGAAUUUAUUUAUAUCAAUAAUUCAAAGUUUAAUUGAGAACAAAUCAAGUUUUGAUAGUUUAUUAAAGAUUUAUAAAGAAAUAAUACCAAAACAUCAAGUGGAGUUAAGUAGUUGGAUAUUUUUACAUAUGUUAAAUGCUUGUUACAAAUAUAAUCGAUUCUCUUUGGCAUGGGAUGUCUGGAACGAUUUUCUUGGAUGGUCACGGGAAGAAAGCGAGAGAAUCUUUAAAGAUUUUAAAAACGUUUACCAACAAAAAAUGGAAUUUGAAAGAAUUGGUCUUACUGAGGAAUUAGAGUACAAAUUAAGCAACAAUAUUCAUAGUAGUAUGAAAUUAAUAAAAAAUUUAUCAAAUAAACAUAAACCAAAACUAAAAGACUUUAGAUUAUUGUUAACCAGAAUUAAAGAAUCAGAUGAAUUAGGUGAUGAAACUGCAAAAAGGUAUAAAAGAGAAGUGAUUACAUUAUGUAACAUUAAUGAUAAAGAAAAUCGAUCAAAUAUAGUAAGAAAUAGAUUAAAUAAAAAAUGGAAUCAUCCAAAAAAUUUGUAUUAUAAUAGCAAUAAAUUCAAUAAUAAAAAUUUAUCAAGGAAAUUUAUUAAUUAUUAA